CGCGAAUGCGGGAACGUAACACGCAUGCUGUUAAGUCAAGUGGAGUAAAAGCGUACGAAAACAAACUACGGCUGAAAGACAGACUGUCACCCGUAAAAAAACAUCACAAGAGAGGUAACCUAAAAUCAUUUUUCAAGUAACCCAGAGAGCCUGAUGUUACUAAGAUAAUGGCAACUCCAGCUAUUCGAAUGUUUCGGAGGUUAGAGGGUCUGUUUUGUGUGUACAAACCCUCUGGUGUCCACUGGAAACUCGUACGGGACAUCGUCGAGACAAAUCUUCUUAAAGGUUUGAAUGCUACAUCGUCCCAGCCACUUCCUCAGGAGGUUCGCUUCUUGGUACACCCAGUCAGUGAGACUGAAGCACCCAAAGGACUCACAGUGUCUGCAUCCUCCGUGCCAGUACUGGCCAAGCAUCCUCUGGUGACUGGACCUGAAUUCCAGCAUAUCAGAGUUGGAGUAGGACAUCGCCUGGAUGCAUUUUCUUCUGGUGUUCUGGUUCUGGCUCUUGGGAAUGGAAACAAGGCCAUGAAUGAUCUCUACGGAACACGAGUCACAAGGGAUUACACUUUGGAGGGGGAAUUUGGGACUGCAACAGAUGAUUUCUCACACACAGGCAGAGUUGUGGAAAGAUCCACUUUUGGUCACAUCAAACAGGAUAAGCUGGACAAAGUAUUGGCGAUGCUGCAGGGAGCCAAUCAAAAGGCCUUGUUAAUGUAUUCCAAUGUAGACAUGCACUCUCAGGAAGCCUAUGAGAUGGCUGUGCAAGGUUUGCUAGGUCCAGAGGGGAAAUCGCAGCCUAUUUUGACAGGCUUGCGUUGCCUUCACUUCCAGCCCCCCAACUUUACUUUAGAGGUGCGGUGUCUAAAUGAAACUCAGAAAUAUUUGCGCAAAGUUGUGCAUGAGAUAGGACUUGAGCUGCGCAGCACAGCAGUGUGUAAAGGAGUUAGACGGACCAGAGACGGCCCCUUCACACUACAGGAUGCCCUGACCCAUCACCACUGGACUGCUUCUAAUGUUAUACAGGCCAUCAGACAAUACCACUCUAAAAAGAAUCUAAAAUAUUCCCACACACAGAUGAAGGACACAGCAUUACAACCAACUGAAGAGAGUACAACAUAAAAAAAACCUGCAACAAAGCAGUGGUAGGUAGAAUUACAUGACUUGUUGCUGUGAGCAGCAGUUAACACAAGUCACAGAACUGCUCUACAGGGACUCUGUGAGCUUGAACUUUAGUUGGAAAAGAGGUGUGAAAGACCACAGAUCCUGGUUCCUAAAAGAGAAAGUAUCUUAUUGGACACAACUCAAUAUAUUAUGCUUUUGUUUGAUAUGCAAACUUCUAGAGAGGCAAUUGCAGUAUAUUUUCACUUUUGUUAAAUGAGUAAUAACUCAUUCUUCAAAUCCUAAUAUGAGAGUUUGUUAUCAUGAAAUAAUAUACAAAAUAAUUUGACAUUUUGUUUCAGAUUCUGUUUGGUUGUGCCACCAUUUAAUAUUUUGAGUUUAUGUCCAUGUUUAUAGACAAUAUAUUAAACUGUGCGUUCGUGUGGUUGGUGCCAUGAAUAGAGGUUUUGUUAGUUAAAUCAACACUCUUAAAGGUCUGUAGAUGACAUGAUGCAUCUACAAUAUCAGAACAAAUGCUCCCCCAAGUG